CCAGACAGCCAUGUACAAGAGCUUCAUCUAUCUCUGCACGACCGGCCUACUUGCCUUGGCACAAGGACAAGACGUGGGCAGAUGUACCGAGCAUCUCCGCAAAUUUGAUCUCUGUGCCAACGAUGGCGCCUGGACUGUCAACAAGCUCCACCAUUUAUCUUAUAUGUUGAAUACGUUUAGUGAUAAUAUUGGCUUCAUAACCCAUUGGCGCAAUGAAGGUUGCGCGUCUGGACUGGGGACCAACAAGUGGAAGUGCUGCUACAAAACCUGGGACGGAAGCAACCUGGAUAUUAACUCGAAGAGAGAACUCCUGGACUCUGUUGGAGAUAUCAAGAGUGUCAUUGGUAAUGUUCGCGAAGGCACAUAUCUUCCAAGUUGGGUAGAGAGAUGGAAUGGAAAGACCCAGCUGUGGUGCAAUUAUAACAACAUGCCUUUCUCUUACAAGUGGAAGUGCCAGGGCCGCUCGUAGGCCGUAUCGAUCAGUUGACGGAUAUAAAAGACCAGGAGGAAAACAAAGACCUUUAUAAACAAAUAGUGUCAGGAAAUGCCCGACAAGAGCAUCCGUCGAU